AUGUCGAGCCUCCCAUCUCUUCAAGCUGACUAUGAGCCCGUAGGCAAGGAGAUCAAAGUCAAGGACUUGGACGCAUACUUGGUCGGCCAGGGCACCAGAGCACUGGUUCUUGCCCACGACAUUUUCGGUUGGGGCCGCACGACCACCAGAGCAAGAGCGUUCUGUGACCAACUGGCCAAUGAAGGGUUCCUGGUGAUCAUGCCCGACUUCUACCGAGGCACAGCAUGGCCGCCGCGCAAACCUGUGGAUGACGACAUGGUACCUUGGCUUCAGACCGUUCCCGUGGAGACUCUGCUGGAUGAUGCUCACUCCAAGAUUCUCCCAUACCUUCGCGAGGAACACAGUGUCAAGUCCAUUGGCUGGGCUGGCGUCUGCUGGGGCGGCUGGUUGGGUCAGAAAGUGGCUGCGACCGACGGUGCCGUGUCCUGUGGCGUGUCUUAUCACCCAAGCCUGCAAAUGGAGGAGAUGGUCUAUGGUGGCAACAUGAUGAAUAUGUUGAGCGCCGUGACGUGCCCCCAGCUGUUGAUGCCCACUGGUAACGACCCUAAAAUGGCACAGGAAGGUGGUGAGGUGAUCGCAACGCUGAACGCAUCGUCCGUUGAGAGUGUGCGCGACGGCUGCCAGAUCCACGCCUUCCCCGACAUGGUGCACGGCUUCAUGUGCAAGAUCAUCGAGGACAUUACUAAGGAGGAGGUGAUUCGCGAUGCGACACUUGCCUUCCGGCUGUCCAUUGAUUUCUUCAAGAAGCAUAUGGAGGAGUGA